UCACAUGAUCCAGACGUUAGUCUUCUUUCUGUAGCGGCGGUGGUAAAGUGUGAGAAGGAGAGCUAAAUUAAACCUCACAGCUAGCAUAUGCGAACACAACGAGUCUAAACUUGUCACCAGAAACCCGGAGACCAACCGGAGCAACAUGACGCAGAUCCGUGGUGUCCAGCCGUGGUGCCUGAGAGUAACGUUGCACUUGAUUUUAGCUGCUGUCCUGCACCAGGGUUUAGCUACAGUAGCCCCGCCCACAACUGCCCCGCCCACUGCUGCGCCGCACAAAGACCCUGGCAGACCCGAGAAAGGAAACUACGUGGUCACCAGAAGCAACGGCACUGCCUGUUUACUGGCAUCCAUGGGUCUCCAGCUCAACAUCACCUUCAACUCUGUCUCCCAAAAUAAGACUGUGCAGGAGGUUGUGAACCUUCAGCCCAACAUGACGAAGCCCUCUGGAUCAUGUGACUCGGACAGAGCCUCCCUGCUGCUCAUGACUGAUGCAGAGAAGACCAACCUCACCUUCAUCUUCACUCUGAAUGUCACGUCCAACAAGUACCACCUGAGUGAAGUGUCUCUGUCGGCAGACUGGCCUGACAUGAAAGAACCUCUAUCGGCCAAUAACCGCAGUCUGGACUACCUGCGGGGCACCUUUGGGUUCUCGUACAUGUGCCACGAGGAGCAAACUCUGAGUGUGGCCCCGGAUUUCUCCAUCAACACCUUCCAGUUGCAGGUGCAGCCCUUCGGCCUCACCGGAGAUCAGUUUGGAGCAGCUGAGGAAUGCCAGUUGGAUCAAGAUGACAUGCUGAUCCCCAUCAUAGUCGGCGCCGCUUUAGCCGGUCUCGUCCUCAUCGUGCUGUUGGCUUACCUCAUUGGCAGGAAGAGGAGCCACGCUGGCUACCAGACCAUCUGAGGUCACUCAUGUUCCCAGAGGCCAGAGCGUGCUAUCCUUAAGAUUAACCACUGUUUUAUGAGACUUAACCCCCCCUCUAUCCUGUCAUCCUCCCUCUGUCUGUGUGUGUGUGCUGUUCUUUGCCCUCAUCAGUAACACUAGUCAUUAUCACUUUGUGGAGGUUGAUGUGCUCUUUCUGAACUGAUGAAAGAAAAACCUACCGGUACGACAUGAGGCAGGGGAUGGAUGUUGAGCAGAGGGUCCAUGAGAGUUCUCACAUUGUGUUGUACUAUUUAUGAUUUCUGUCAAAGAAAUUUUGAGGGAUUGUGUGAUUUUGAGGGAAAGCUACUGUAGCUUUUCUUACUGUUCAUCUGCUUUGGGGCGGCCAUUUUUUUUUCUUUUUUUUUUUUUUGUGAUCUUCCCCCGAAAUGAGGUUUAUUUAUAAAGGGAAUAUUUUUUGCUGUCACUUAAUCCACUUCAGACGGUGUUUCUUUUAUUCAGGCAACUCAACAUUUAGCCCAAGUUUGCAGAUUUUAUGUUAACAUACUAAAAUCGCAGUAACCUAAUCUUAAAAAGGACAUGCGAGGAGUAGUUGAGAUGCAUUUUUGAAUUAAUUUUGUUCCUUAGAUUACUGAUAACAUGUCCCGUUAUUUCCCUCUUAAAGGUACACAACUUGUUUUGUGUGGAGACUGCACAAGCUAAAGUUUUCAUCUUUGUACGAUAACUGUUUUCUUUUUUACUUAAUUUAAAAGAAUAAUUUAACACUUUGUGAAAUGGGCUCAUUCGAUUUCUUUCUGAGUUGGAUGAGAAGAUGAAUGCCACGCUUAAGAUAGUCAGCUAACCGCUAGCUUAGCACAAAGACUGGAAAGAUAAAAGAAAUCAGCCUGCCAGCAGCUCUAAAAAUGACGAGUUUAAAACAUUGGACAUGUAACCCCCCAGAAAACAACAAGGCAACAUGUUUGCAAACCAGCUUUAAUGUGUUUAUUGGUGAGCUUCAGGGGGUGCUGGUUGGCAUAUAUAUAAAUUUUCUCAUUUUUUUUUUUUUACCUACCUUUGACAGAGCCAUGCUAGCUUGUUUCCAGUCUUCAUGCUAAGAUAACUGUCUCCUGGCUCUAUUUUCAGACAUGAGUGGCUUGAAUCUUAUCUAACUCUGGGCACAAAUGUGGAUUUCCCAACAUGUCAAACUAUUUGAUGAGGGAUAGUAGCCACUCUUUUGGAGUCUGUUACAAUGUUCCAACAGGAGUUGCAAUCAAUCUGAAAAACACUUCAGGUUGCUUUGGUGGAUGAACAAAGCUCAGGACAUCUCUGUAAGAGUGUAAUAGAAGUAUUCAAGUCCACUGGGUGUUUUUUUUUUUUUUUUUUUUUCUUUUCCCCCUCCCCUGAAUAUGGCCCCACUUGGGAUUUUGUCUUGCAGAAGGGAAGAAGUUGCAGUAAAGUUAUCUCAAAUAGCCCCCAGUAAGGACUAAAGUGGCCAAAAUAAUGUGGUCAGUGCCUUCCCAGCUGCAUAGAUGGGAUUAAAGUAAAGCCAAUACCACAGAGGUACUCGCUCACUGAUGCUGUGCUGCCAUGCCUGGGAUGCUGUCUUUGUGUCUCACAUAGCCUUCAUGUACUGUUACUACCAUACAUUGUUUGAUAUUGUAGCAGAAAGUGCAGAUGUCUGUUUUUUUUUUUUAUAGUUUUUUUUUUUUUAAUGUUUUUAUCCUGUGAUCUAAAUGUCCAUGUAGUGAUUUUAAUUUAUUAGUUUGAGCUGUUUUCUAAAGGAGGGGUCAAUAAAAGUGAAUGAACGAGA